ACAGGAAGUGGCAUUGCGCAGUUUAUGUUGAUGUGAUUUUUCUGUGAGUUUUUGCUAAAAACGCCUUUUGCAAACUCGAAACUAAAGUACCGCAACAUGUCGAAAGACCUCUGGUUAGAAAAUUAUGAUGCAGCUUGUAGGCUGGCUCAAGAAAUUGCAGAAAACACCCAUGAAAGAAACAGACAGCAGAGAACUGGAGGAAACCCAGCCAAGCUCAACAUGACCCUGAGAGCAUCAUUACAGAAGCUCAAACAGAAUAUAGCACAACUCAGAGAGACUCUGAAUCGAGCAGCUGCUCAACGCCAUAUAAUGCAAGCUGAAGCAGACAGAAGACAGAGCCUUGUUGAUGAUCUCGCUACUAGAGAAACAAGACUGAACGCUUCUUUCAAAGGAGACAUAACAGAAGCUGAGCCAUCAAGGUCAAGUCUGAUGGCAGGUGGAAAUGGGUCUGGAUCCGCAGUGAAUCCAUGGCUGAUUAAUGAAUCUGAGGAGACCAAAGGACUAAGCUUUGGAGAAAUCAAACACCAACAGCAGCAGAUUAUUGAAGCCCAGGAUGCUGGCCUGGAUGCUCUGGCGUCAGUCUUAAGUAGACAAAAACAGAUGGGUCAAGAAAUCGGCAAUGAGCUAGAUGAACAAAACGAGAUCAUUGAUGACCUCGCUCAGCUUGUGGACAAGACGGACGGUCGCAUCAAAAACGAGACAAAAAGAGUCAAGCUGUUGGAUAGCAAGUCUGCUUCCUGUGAAAAAAUAAAGCCAUGUUUCUGCUGUUGUUCUCCAUGGAAGGGAGUGCAUGGCAUGAUGGUGGUGAUUGUUCUUCUUCUCAUUGCCAUCAUUGUUGUGGCCUGUUGGCAGUAAUGAAGAAGAUGAAGAUGUUUCUGAGAAGAUGCCACAGAUAUGGACUAUAGAGACUUUCUGUCUGUAUAUGGUGGUGACUGGACAUGUAAUCACAUCUCUGCACACAGCUCUCUCCUUCCCUUAAAGUGAUGGAACACAUAACUGGGUUAAAGCCAAGAAAUGGACCACUAUGAAGAACCAAAUUCUGAGCUCCGCAGAUAAUGAUCAAAGUAGGAUUCGGAAUGGAAAGAAAAAUAGAAAAGAGCUUUGAAAGGUUUUGAAUAUUAUUAUGAAUAAAACCAUGAGCCCGAGAUGCUCCAAGGGGGGAAACUAUUUAAAUUCUUUGUUUGGCAGUGAAGAAAACGAUCCGUAUCCAUCGUGUAAACAGAGACUGUGAGUCACAAAGCAAUACCGAGUUUUGAGCUCUACUGUUGGGGUAAAUAGAAAAGCUCUCAUCCUCUUUUUCCUAAUCCAUUCAACUGCAUUAAAAAAAAUAUGUUUUUAAAAUAUGUCGGUUACAAUAUUCUAAUAAAUGUACUGUUAUCAAA